CACUGGGCUCUGAGAGAGACCUCUGCUCUAAUUGACCUUUGAGACUUGUAAAGUUUGUGAUGUAAUUCAGGUACGGAGACUGUGAAGCACAUCACUGCAAGAGAAUAAAAGCUUUCAGGAUCGAUCUGGCUACAGCACCGAACCCUUCUCUGCCCUGCUUGAGACUUCCACAGAAACCAAUUAAAAUGAAGGGCUUGUCGCGACAUUCCACAGAGAAAGCUAACGUGGAAGGAAUAUCUUUUAGACAGAGGGAGAGUUAUCGUCACUGGAAGGGGUCAUCUGUGACCAUGAACUCUUUUCCUGAGGGCUCAGCGGUUCCAGACUACAGGGAAACAGAACCUCCCCUCAAACAUGAGAGCAAGUACAAGACCAGCAUGAAGACCCUGAUUCCUGUCCGUUUCAGCUCCAGGUCCAGCCCCAUUGACGACGCAGGGUUCUUCUCCUUCGCCACGUUCACAUGGAUGACCCCCAUGAUGUGGAAACUGUUCAGGAACAAUCUGGACAGAAAUUCUCUCAGCCUGUCUCCCCGCGAUGGAGCUCACAUGAAUGGGGAGAGGUUGCAGAGGCUGUGGGAUGAGGAGGUGGAACGUGUUGGCACAGAGAAAGCCUCUCUUGUCUCAGUUGUGAUGCGUUUCCAGAGGACGCGCAUGAUUGUGUCUUUCUUUGUCUCCGUCCUGUUCACAUUCGGCGUGUUCAUUGGGCCGUCCAUCGUGAUGUAUGAGAUCCUGAAAUACGCGGAUCAGCCCGAGGCAUCCACACUCGUGCACGGCGUGGGACUGUGUGCGGCGCUGUUCGUCUCGGAGUUCUCCAAGGCCUUCUUCGCCUCACUCAUGUGGGCCAUGAACAUGCGCACAGCUAUCCGAUUGAAAUCGGCAUUCAGCAUGCUCGCCUUCCACAAGAUCAUAUCCCUUCGCACGUUCGGCAGCGUCACCGUGGGAGAGAUGAUCAACGUGUUAACGAGUGACAGCUACCGCAUGUUUGAGGCGGUGAUCUUUGGUACGUUUCUGCUCUGUAUUCCUGUGCUCCUGAUCGUGUGUAUUACUUACGCCUGCUACAUCCUGGGCUACACAGCACUCCUAGGAGUCCUCACCUACCUGGUCUUUAUACCCGUACAGUUCUUCAUUGCCAGGUUAAUCAACAUACUGCGUAGGCGUGCUGUCUCAGUGACAGACAAGCGUGUUCGUACCAUGAACGAGGUUCUGACCUGCAUCAAACUCAUUAAGAUGUACGCAUGGGAGGAGUCUUUUGAGAAGAAAAUUACAGACAUUAGGAAAAGUGAGAAGUCACUUUUGGAGAAAGCAGGAUAUGUUCAGAGUGUGAACUCGUCUUUGACGGCGAUAGUUCCCACUCUGGCCACCAUCUUCACCUUCAUCGCCCAUACUGCCCUCCGACUCCCUCUGGAGCCGUCUGUGGCAUACACCAUCAUUGCUGUGUUUAACUCAAUGCGGAUGUCUAUGGGUCUCCUGCCGUUCUCAGUAAAAGCCCUGGCUGAAGCUAAAGUUGCCUUAACACGGCUGAAGCGUCUCCUCAUGAUAAAGAACCCUGACCCCUACCUGAUCCAGAACAAAGACCUGGGUGCUGCAUUAGUUAUGAACAGAGCUUCGUUCUGCUGGGGUGUUCCGGGCACCUCCACCCUGGUUUCACCGGGAAACAGGGACUUUAGGGGGAAGAACAAGAAGGCAGAGCCUGUGAAAGUCGCUCAAAAUGGCAUCCACGAAUCGGCCGUCCAAACCACGCUCAGGGACCUAACGUUCACUCUGCCCAAGGGAAACCUGCUUGGAGUUUGUGGCAAUGUGGGAAGUGGGAAAACAUCACUGAUCUCAAGUAUACUUGAACAGAUGCACCUUCAAAGUGGGACAGUGUCAGCAAAUGGAACGUUCGCCUACGUUUCCCAGCAGGCUUGGAUCUUCCAUGGAACAGUGCAAGACAACAUUCUAAUGGGAGAACCCUUUGACCAAAACAGAUAUGACAGUGUAAUCCAUGCCUGCAGCUUAAAGCCAGAUCUGGCUAUUCUGCCUUAUGGUGACCAGACAGAGAUUGGAGAGCGUGGUCUGAACCUGUCUGGUGGCCAGAAACAAAGGGUCAGUCUAGCAAGGGCGGUCUACUCCAACAGAGACAUCUUUUUACUGGACGACCCCCUCUCUGCUGUCGACGCCCAUGUCGGCAAGCACAUUUUUGAGGAGUGCAUCAAAAAUGAACUGAAGGGAAAGUCUGUGAUCCUGGUCACACAUCAGCUCCAGUACUUGGAAUUCUGCGAUGAGGUCUUGCUCUUGGAGAAUGGAGAGAUCCAGGAGGCCGGAACCCACAGAGCCCUGAUGAAACUGAAAGGCCGAUACGCUCAUCUUAUCAGCAACUUCCAGAUGGAACAGAACAAUGAGAAAAAUGCGGCCACCCCGACAAUUCCGCUUGAUUUCAGCGAGCCCAGUAAACAGGACCUGGAUGACUCCAAAGCCAAUGGAAUUGUAAACCCAGCCUUUGACAUGUCUGAUGAGAAAGUGAAACCAGACAACUCUAAAGAAGCCCACGAAACCAUAGAGGACAAGGAUCAGCUGGUCACAGAGGAAACAACUCAAGAAGGAUCUGUCACAUUUCGAACCUACCAUCAGUACUGCCUUGCUGCUGGAGGUUACAUCCUGUUGCUUUUGGUCAUAAUGAUCUUCAUCCUGCUUGUGGGAAGCACUGCCUUCAGCAGCUGGUGGCUUAGCUUCUGGCUACAGCAGGGAUCUGGGAAUGCAUCAAACGCAUCUCACACAUGGAACAUCUCGGAAAACCCAGACCUGGAGUUCUACCAGAUGGUGUACGGACUGGUUGUGGUCGUCAUGGUCGUACUUAGUGCCCUCAAGGGCUACAGUUAUACCAAAGUCACUCUGCACGCCUCCUCCAAGCUCCACGACACCAUGUUUAGGAAGAUCUUGGCCAGCCCCAUGAGCUUUUUCGACACGACCCCGACGGGCCGCAUGGUGAACCGCUUCAGCAAGGACCAGGACGAGGUGGAUGCCGUGCUGCCCUUCAACAUGGAGAACUUCCUGCAGUUCUGCAUGAUGGUCACCGCCACGGUCCUGACUGUGUGCAUAGUCUUUCCCUACCUCCUGGUCGGCGUGGUCACCCUGGGGGUCGUCUUUGCCAUCAUCCUCUAUGUCUUCCAGAGGAGCAUUCGGGAGAUGAAGCGGAUGGAGAAUGUGAGCCGCUCACCGUGGAUCUCCCUCACCACCUCCACCAUCCAGGGCCUCAGCACCAUCCACGCAUACGACAAGAGGGCGCAGUACAUAGAGCUGUAUAAAAACAGAAGUGACCAUAACUCCAGUCACUUUCUGCUGUUUAACUGUGGGACACGAUGGCUGUCAUUUUGGUUGGACUUCCUGUCUGCCACUGUUUCACUGAUGGUGGCACUGUUUGUAGUACUCAUCUCCAAUGAAACUAUCAACCCCUCACUCAAGGGCCUGGCCCUCUCAUAUACUAUACAGUUGACAGGAAUGCUGCAGUAUGUCGUGAAGCUCUCUACAGAAGUGGAAGCCAAGUUCACCUCAGUGGAGAGAUUGCAGGAGUACAUUAUGGAAUGUGUGUCUGAGGCACCACGAAAGGUUCAGGGCAUCAGCAUCCCCUCAGGCUGGCCACAAGAGGGCGCCAUCACCUUCAGGGACUACAGCAUGAGGUACAGAGAGAACACACCCAUAGUGCUGGACCACCUCAACCUGGCCAUCCGGCCACGAGAGAAACUGGGCAUCGUGGGUCGCACUGGCUCAGGGAAGUCGUCCCUGGGUGUGGCUCUGUUUCGACUGGUGGAGCCAGCAGGUGGCACUAUUCUCAUCGAUAACAUGGACACAAGCAUGAUAGGCCUGCAGGACCUGCGCAGCCAGCUGUCCGUCAUCCCACAGGACCCUGUGCUCUUCAUCGGCACGGUCAGGUAUAACCUUGACCCAUUUAAUAACUAUUCUGAUAAUGAGAUCUGGGCAGCCCUGGAGAAAACCUACAUGAAAGAAACAAUCUCUAGGUUACCAGAGAAGCUGGAGGCACCAGUAAUGGAAAAUGGGGAGAAUUUCUCUGUGGGAGAGAGGCAGCUCAUAUGCAUGGCCAGAGCGCUGCUCCGAAAUUCUAAAAUCAUUUUGCUGGAUGAGGCAACAGCGUCCAUAGACUCAGAGACGGACAGUCUGAUCCAACACACCAUCCGGGAUGCCUUCCAACACUGCACCAUGCUAACUAUAGCCCACCGUAUUAACACAGUGCUUGAGUGUGACCGCAUUCUCGUCAUGGACAAGGGCAAAGCUAUUGAAUUUGAUCAGCCACAGCAUCUCAUGCAGAGACCAGACUCUCUGUUUGCGUCACUGCUUGCAGCAGCCAAUAGCAUGAACUCCUGAAACACUCCCCACACUGAUCCACAUAGACGCUCUUUCCCUCUGUGAUCCACUCAUCAGCAGCACCAGGAAGGUUCCGGAGCACAUCAGUACACGAACCCGGAGCCCGCGACUGAUGACCCUGACACAAUGCGUGCUACAGAUGGGACGUAUGGUUCUAGAUAUUUAAGAAGUGAUUUAAAAGUCAAGUAUAACGUAAGUCGUUAAGAUCAACCUUAAAUGGGGUUUUCAGCUAUUUCUGGUUUCCACAAUGUUUCAGGUCAGAUCAGAGAUCAGUUUGGAACCUUUGUUGCACAUUCUAAAAGUUUUAAAUGUGAAAAAAUGGGCAUUUCUAAAGCCAGAGGGAGGACACGAUGGUCACCGUAGUGACUGGUCAUUCACUGGUUGUUGCUGAUUGCUUGUUUCCAGUUUCAGUUUUCUGAUCAAUUUACUUUUCAUGAUUUGAGUUUUUUUGUUGUCAUUCAAUCAAACCAUAGACACACUUUAGAAUUCUUAUUAUUGCUGACCAAUUCUAAGAUUUUUAAGAUACAUGAUUUACACCUCUUCUUUUAUUUCAUAUAUCAUACAGCACUUGUGUCUGAAUGCUUUAUUCAAAGCUCCAUAAAGCCCCAUUCAGGACAGCCCACAAUUUAGCACAUCAAUAAUGCUGCCGUAAAAUGUGACAGUGAGGUUCGUCAGGCCUGCUGUAUGUGAACUCUACACUGGGAGCCAUGAUGCUCUCUGUACUUCCUAAUUAGCUUCAUUAGUAGUUUAUAUCUUUUUUUGCACCGAUUCAGAAAAACUAAGCUCAUCAUAACUGAUAAACCGAGUUUUAGUUUUUCUUUUAGUUAUCAUAAAACUGAAAGUAAUAUGUAUUGGAGAUAUUAUUCUUUUUUUUUCUUUCUUAGAUUUACUAUGCAGCAAUGCCAAAAAGACACACAUAAUAUAUUGCUAUACAAUGAAUGUGAAUGUAUCUUUGUUUUGUUUUUUGGUUUGUUUUUGGAACUGUCACAGUAAUUAUAAACAUAUUGCA